GUUGUAUGGCCAUAUAUUCAAGCUAGUCUUCAUUAGCUUUAAGUUUUAUUGUUAGCUCUCUCAGAAAUCACAUAAUUUCCUUGUUAUUUUUCAUGGUUCUAUCAGCUUGGAAGUAAAGAAAAAAGUUGAAACAUCAAUCCUGUGGAAAUUGAAUCUGGCAUAAAUGGAAAAAGAAAAAUGGGUUAGAAGAAGAAGAAAGGAAUGCCUACCAUUUGAGGAAGAAAGAAGAAGAAUCAGGGAUCUUAUUGGUGAUUUCUUGAAUGGCUUGAAGAAAAUAAAGAAUGAAUUCAUUGCUUCAAAAUGGGAUGACAUUGAAGUGCUAAGAAUGGAAUUGAGAUUCUUAAAAACAUUUGUCCUGUUUGGGAAUUCGAAUUUGGAUGGCUUUGAUUACAAGAUAGACCAUAAUAUAGAAAAGUUCCAUUCUCUAACUGAUUUUAUUUUCAAUGAAGAUGAAUUUAUCCUAGCCAAAUACAACAUGGAUAGUCUUACGCCUUACCUGCUGAAAGAAAUCAAAAGUUAUUUGAGAUUGGAGAAUGUAGCCAUGAUGACUGAGGAAAAUAUGUUUGAAUAUAUGGACAGCCUCCUCAAGAACCUCCAUGAUCUACCAAAGUAUUCUUCUGAUUUGCUUCUACCCCUCAUGAGUGAAUACAAGAUUCUUCGGCAAGUAUGCAGACAUCUCAGACAUUUCUAUGAGUUGGAAUGCAACAAAAUUACAACAACAAAAUUUCUCUAUGCUCGGUACCAAAUGACAGUUGAUAGAGUAACACAAUUCUGUUUUGAUCUUUGGACUGGAAAGUAUAAAAACUAUACUUUCUUUGAUAACUAUGCCAUCUAUCGAUGCUCUUCCGAGAUCACUUUUCUACUCAUCGACAUAAUCCCUCUCGAGCUAGAGGUUCUAUACAUUUGUACUUCUAAGCUCAUCAAAGAAUCAAGGUCAAAAGAACUAGAAAGAUGUGUUAAGCAAAUCUUAAAAGCAUCUCCAAGGAUUCUUCAAAACUAUCUGAUUCUUCUCCAACAAGGCAUGGCAGGUGCACUUGCUGUCAAUUAUGCACCAACUCAAACAAUUAAUGUCAUGAUCGAGUUCCUGUUGAUCUUUCUCACUGAUAUACCAAAGCGAUUUAUCCAUCAUGAAAAAUUGAACGAUAUGUUGGCACAUGUUGGAGUACUUACAAGGAAAAUAACUAUUUUGGUGACCAAGAUGUUGGAGGAGAGCUCUGAGAAUAAUAUCAAUGAAGCGGACUUUUCAGCUUCAGACUUUUUGCAAGAAAUUGAACAAAUGAAGGGAGAUAUCAGACAGAUUUUUUUAAAAUCCCCGGAGUCAUCUCAACUUCGUUUUCCUAUGAAUGAUGGUUUCCUCUUCAUGAAUCUUCUACUCAGACAUUUAAAUGAUUUACUCAUUUCCAAUGCUUAUUCAGUUUCUAUCAUAAAAAAAGAAAUUGGGAUGGUGAAACAAAGCCUUGAAUUCCUAAGAUCAUCUUUUGGGAAAGUCAAAAAAACUAGUGGAGUAGUCAAAGAUUGUUGGUUGCAUGCUUUAGAUGUGGCAUAUGAGGCAGAACAUGUCAUUAAUUCCAUUCUUGUCAGAGAUAAAGCUCUCUCGCAUCUCAUCUUCUCACUUCCGAAUGUCAUUGAUAAGAUCAAUCUUAUCGUGGCACAAGUCACCACUUUACAGCUGGAGGAUAACAAUGGGGAUCACCACCUCCUUGAUGCAAAGUCUUCCGAAGAGACAAUUGAGUCAACCUCAUCAUCUUUUGUUGAGGUAACAGUAGGUCAUGAGGAAGAAGAAGCCCGGAUCAUCUGCCAGCUCCUUGAUGAACACGAAUCCGAGCUUGAUGUCAUUUCGAUUGUCGGAAUGCCAGGACUCGGUAAAACUACUCUGGCCAACAAAGUGUAUAAAAAUACAUUAGUUGCUACUCAUUUCAAUGUCCGUGCUUGGUGCACUGUUUCACAAAAGUAUAACAAGUCAAAGGUGCUGCGGGGGAUUCUUCAGCAAGUAACUGUCUCGGAAAAAAAAGAAAGUGAGGAUGACCUUGCUGAAAAUCUACGAAGAGCACUACUCGAUAAAAGGUACCUUAUCGUCUUGGAUGAUGUGUGGGAUAUUGAAACAGGGGAGAUGUUAAUAGCAUGUUUUCCAAAGGUUAAGAGAGGAAAUAGAAUUAUCUUAACCAGCCGAAGUAGUAAGGUAGGUUUGCAAGUCAAAUGCCAUAGUGAUCCUCUCCACCUUCAACUUUUAACACCUGAAAAAAGUUGGGAUUUAUUCGUAAAAAAGGUAUUUGGAGAUGAAGGAAGCUGCCCUGCUGAACUGUCAGAAGUUGGACACCAAAUAGUUGAGAAAUGUCAAGGACUUCCCUUGGCUAUUGUUUUGAUUGCUGGAGUAAUUGUUAGAGGAAAGAAAAAGGAAAAAGAUUUGUGGCUUCAGAUUGAACAUAAUCUGGAUUCCUUUAUUUCUUCAAACAACAAUUUGCAGAUGAUGAAGGUUAUGCAAUUAAGUUAUGACCAUUUACCAUACCACCUGAAGCCGUUGUUGCUUUACUUCGCAAGAUCUCAAAAGAACAAACGAACUCCAGUCUCUACAUUGAUGCAGUUGUGGAUGGCCGAAGGGUUGGUGGAUCAUGAUAGUUCAGAGGAAGUAACUCAAAGUUACUUGGAUGCUUUAAUCUCCAGUAGCCUGAUAAUGGUUGAUCAUAUCCCCUCCGAGAGUGUUUUGAUGAUGUCUGCAAUAAUCAAGGUUUGCUAUAUGCAUGAUGUUGUGCACGAUUUUUGUUCAGUAAAAGCGAAAAAGGAAAAGUUUUUCAAGUUAAUCAAUUCAGGUGAUCCAUUUCAUGCUUCGGAUUUCCUACACCGUCGUCUAACCAUUCAUACUGAUGACAGCCCAAUCCACAAAAGAUGUGUUUUGUUCAAUUCUAAUAAAUGUUCAGGUGGUAGUAAGCAUCUCAUAUCUUUGACAGUGAGUGGCUGGCUUGAUUACUCCAGUUACAUCUGUCACACAAGACACAUGAGACUUGUUAGAGUGUUGCAACUGGAUGGCAUUGUUCUGGAAGAUUCUUUAAUGGAAGAAAUAGGCUCCCUAUUUCAUUUGAGGUUCUUAAGAAUUCAGACUAGUAUAAAAACUAUCCCAGUGUCGUGGGUGAACCUCCAGAAUCUGGAAACUCUGUUGAUCAAUACAGAAAUAACCAUGGUAUUACUGCCCAGAAUAUUGGAACUGUCAAAGCUGAAAUAUGUGAGCAUUGACCAGAGUUCUUUCUUUGACGAAGAGGAUGCAGACGAAAGUAGAAUAUUGGAAGCUGAGAAUUCAAAGCUGACAAAUUUAUCCCAUGUUGAUAUCUCGUAUUCUGAAGGCACGAAUGAUGCUCUGAAGAAGUUCCCAAAUCUUCAACACCUUCAGUGCACCAUCAGGAUACCCAAGGAUCAUCCUACACAUGGCGAUUGGUUUCCCAAGUUUGAUGUCCUUAACAAACUUGAAUCACUCUUUGCAGAAUACCACAACCCAUGGAACGAUUAUGUUUAUCCCAAUGAAUAUCACUUCCCUAGCAGCUUGAAAGAGUUGCGGUUGUAUAAUUUUCUCGUGAGACCUGCUUUGUUGUCAGCAAUCGCGGAAUUGCCUCAGCUUGAAAUUCUGGAGUUUGUAGAGUCUAAUUUCGUGGAGGAUAAGUGGGAUGCAAGUGAGGACAUCUAUCGAAGUCUUAAGAUUUUGAGUUUGGUAUUAGCCAAAUUAUCAGAAUGGGAAGUUGAUAGGGAAACUUUUCCCAAGCUUGAGGAAUUAAUACUAGAAAAUUGUUACGAGCUUACGGAGAUCCCUUCUGUAUUUGGGGAUAUAGACACUUUAAAGUCUAUUCAAGUGGUUCAAAGUAAGCGUGAGGUUGGAGAUUCAGCCAUGGAAAUUAAGAAAGAUGUGGCAGCUUACACAGGAGAGGACAGACUUCAUGUCCAUAUAUCAGAUGUGUAUGAAUAAGAAGAGGAUGAAACAGAGUAAAGCGUUGGAAAUUUAGACAUUGCAGAUGGCUAGUAGGAUAGUGAGACGGUACGCAAGGCGGGGUGUUAUAGUAGCUGAUUUGAACUUGGUUUAGAGAUCGAAGGAGAUUAUUGGGUAAUGCCAACAUCCUGCUUAUGGCAAGGCCACGAGAGGCU